AUGAGUGCAUCCAAACCCCAGGAAAGUGGUGAGGUGAGAUUCGGACACUCUCUGAAUAAGGAGGAAGAGUUUGUGGCCAGAAGGAGCAACACUGUUUUACAAUGCCUGCAGAAGUUUAAGAUACGCUGCAGUCAGGAUGCGGUGCCAAACAUUGCAUUACUGGGUUCUGGAGGAGGACAAAGAGCCAUGGUGGGUUUGCUGGGAUCUCUGGUUCAGCUUGAUAAAGCGGGUCUUCUGGACUGCAUCCUUUAUCUGAGCGGAGUCUCUGGAUCCACCUGGUGCAUGGCCUCUUUAUACCAAGAACCAGACUGGUCCACCAAACUAGAGACCGUGAAGGACCAAAUCAUCAAGAGACUCAACGGUCCAGAAGUCAGAUGGACAGACACAUUGGCCAAACUUAAGAAAUAUUACUAUGAGAAAGACCACUUCAGCUUGACUGACGUCUGGGCAGUGAUGCUUGUCGCAUCAUAUGUGAAAAAGAUUGAUGACUGCAAACUCUCAGAUCAGUGGGACCAGUUCAGUAAAGACCCGCUUCCCAUCUACACAGUGAUCGACAAACAAUCCAAACAGCGUGAGGAAGGAGACCCCUGGUUUGAGAUCAGUCCACAUGAAGCAGGUUAUUCUCUCAUUGGAGCUUUUGUGGGAACAUCCAGCUUCGGCAGCCAGUUUAAAAAUAAGAUGAAGAAGCAGGAUGAAAUAGACAUGCUUUACCUGCAAGCUCUGUGCAGCAGUGUUUUAGCUGAUGAAGAGGAGAUCUGGAAGUGGAUAAAAGCUCUUUUCAGAUCAGAGAAAAUGAGGAAAGAUCCACACUCCCCACCUAUAGAUGAAUGUUACCAGGUGCUCUUGAAGCUUGUGAACAUGAACCUCGAUGUGUUGAAAGGCACUGAUCCUUCUGCUUGUGAUCAAUCCAUCAGAACAACGCUGACCGACCUCUCUGGAGGCCAAAGGCAGCUGAUUCAUCAAUUAGAAAAACUGAACGAUGAUAAAGCUGCUGGUAAAAAAGCAGCAAAACAGUACGUGAUGCAGUACACCGUGGAUGUAUGCAACUAUUUGGAGCUCAAGCUCAAUUUCUGGCCAUUUGGUAGGAGCAUUUGUAGAUGCAUUGCUCAGUGGAUCUGGGGCAGGCAUUAUAACUUCCUCCACAACAUGACAGAUGAUGCAGUGCCUCGUGCUCUUCUGGAAAGUGAGACGAGAGACUAUAUAGACGCCAGAGUGUUGCUGAACUCACCCUACUUUUCAGUGCUGAGAAAAGAACGAGACAUUGACCUCAUAAUUUCCCUGGAUUUCAGUGAUGGCGAUCCUUUCAUGACAGUGACGCAAACCGCUGAGACCUGCAAGAAACUGAAGAUCCCUUUCCCUGAAGUCAACAUUCCCAGUGAAGACGUGAAGAAACCGAAGGGCUUCUAUGUGUUUAAAGGCAAAAACGCUCCAACCGUGAUUCACAUCCCUCUGUUUAAUGUGGUCAACUCUGGAGAUAAAAUUGAUGCCUGGAGGAAGAAAUAUGGAACCUCUCAGGUUCCGUACAGCGCUGAGAUGAUCGCUGAACUAAUGCAGGUCUCUGGGAAAAACUUCGCAAUCAACAGAGCCAAACUGCUGGAGCAGAUUCGUGUGGUCGCAGAGGCUAAAUAUUUCCAGGCACAAGCACGGCAAAUUUAAAGUUCGCUUGAAAUUCAAUCUGUUUUUCUAAAUGCAUUUCA